AAGCUCCAGCUGCGAUAUCGUCCCUCUCCACGCUCAUCUCGUUCUCUACGUCUCCUUCAUGUCGACAUAACGAUCCAACAAUUUUUUUGGGAAACGGACGUCAUUCUCGCAGAUCCAAGAGGCAGUGGAUGAUAGACAACUGUACCUCAAGAUAUCCCAUUUCAUUCGCACAUUUCCCUAUACGCCUCACCAUGGACGUAACGAAACUCUCCGGCAAACAACCAGACAUGGGCUCAGGCUCAGGCUCAGCGUUACCCUUCCCCGUCCUCCUCUUCUCGGGCCUCUCCACAUUCGCCGCAACGGCCAUCUCCGCGACCUCCAUCCUCCUACAUCUCAAGAACUACCGGAAGCCCAUCUUGCAACGGCAGGUGGUUCGGAUCAUGCUCAUGGUGCCGAUCUACGCGAUAUCAUCUUUCAUUUCGCUCUUCUCGCUGCAAGCGGCUUUCUUCAUUGAUGCAAUUCGUGAUAUUUAUGAGGCAUUUGUUAUAUAUUGUUUCUUCGACCUUCUCAUUGCAUACCUCGGCGGAGAACGUUCCCUCCUCAUCCUCCUCCAUGGUCGACCACCGAAAUACCCUGUGUUCCCAGGAAAUAUAUUCUGGAGAGAAGUGGACGUUAGUGAUCCGCAUACAUUCUUGUUCCUAAAGCGUGGUGUGAUCCAAUAUGUUCAAGUGAAGCCGAUAUUGGCAUUGGCCACCAUUAUUCUCAAGCUUCUGGGCAAGUUCAACGAAGGUAAUCUUCGUGCGAACUCUGGCUAUCUCUAUGUGAGCAUUGUGUACAAUGUGAGCAUAUGCAUGAGCUUGUACUGUUUAGCCAUCUUCUGGAUGUGCGUGAACGACGACCUCAGGCCAUUCAGACCAAUGCCAAAGUUCCUCUGUGUGAAGGGCAUCCUAUUCUUCUCCUUCUGGCAAUCGUUCGUCAUCUCGAUCCUCGUCGCCGCCGGUACAAUCACGAAGCUUGGUCCAUAUACUGACAAUGAGCACAUCUCGCUCGGGCUCACGGACACGCUCAUCUGCCUGGAGAUGCCCUUGUUCGCCAUCGCACACAUGUAUGCGUUCUCGACGCGCGACUUUAUCGACCCACACAUCAGCUUCGUCGCGCGCAUGCCCGUGUACUACGCCUUCCGGGACGCGUUCGGUUUGAAGGAUGUCAUUGAGGACGUCAAGGCAACUCUGCGCGGCGAGGGCAUGGACUAUCGCGAAUUCGAGCCCAGCGAGGGCUUCAUCCACCAGGGCGCCGGGCGGGACAGGCGGAUCAGGGCGGGCUUACGGUACAGGGAGGGAGGAAAGAGGAAGUACUGGUUGCCUCAGCCUGCAACGUCCAACCGCUCAUCAGGCAGUCUGGAGCGUAGAGUCAGUCGCAUCGUGGGGCGCGUCGCAGGGUCAGACCAGACACAAGAGGUGUACGCCCCGCUCCUACAUAACCAGGCGGAGAACGUCGUCAACAUAGCGCCCGACUUGCGCUCGCCGCCUCCCCGGGGCCUCUCUCUCUUCGAUGGCGAGCCGCUCGCGGACGAAGGACUUGGCCUGCCAUUCGGCGACAUCGAUCCGGCGGAUGAGGAGCUGUUCGAGCAUAGUAAGAAGUACGUGUUUGGCGACUAUCACUAUCCAUGUGUGGACGUGAGCACAGAGGACGCGCGGAAGACGAUGUGGGAAGAGGAGGAGCGCAUCCUGCGCGACGAGCGUGGGGCAUACUUUUCGCCGAUUAUACGGCCAGGACGAGUGCUGGGGCCUGGGAAGAAGGCUUAUGGAGCCGUCGGUAGCUUCCAGAGGAGUACCGUGCGGGAACGACACGAUUCGGAUACAUCUGAUGGCGCGCGGCGCAAGGGGAAGGUCAGAGCGGACAGCGCAGCGCGGAGGCCCGAGAUUGUCAUUGACAAGGAGUUUGAUCGGAUCCCGGAAGCGAAUGCAGGCGAUGUCAAGCUGAGAUGGACGAGCAGAGAGCACACGCCUGCUCAAUCUCCUCGUGUGCGCAAACUGUCUGCGAGCGCCAGCCCAUCGGUGGCGAAGCAGCCAUCUGCCUCGCCCUCGUCGAGAGGAAGCCCAAGGGAACGUCUGUCACCCGUAUCUCCGCGCAAGGAGACGGAACGCGCGCUGCUGCCACCGGAUGCCGUGGAUCUCGUCGUGGAGGAUCCACAUGCGAUGGAGGAGGAAAUGACAUACGAGCGUCGGAAGGGCGAGCCUGCUAUGCGGGGUGCUGGACCGCACAAGGUGUAUCGGCGGGGAUACGUCGUCGAGGACGAGGAGGGUCGGAAAGACGGGGAGGGCGAGGUCGAGGUCGAGGUCGAGCACACGCCGUCGGCUGGGCAGCAGCAACCGCAACCACUGUUUGACGUGGGAGACGACGUGGAUGAGGUUCUAGACACUGAAGACCGAGGGGUGGCGGAGACGACUGGAGCGACCGUUGCGACAGUUGAGACGCCUCCACAUGUGAGGGCUGUACUGUACAGCCCAGAACUUUUAGAUGAUGAGAAUCCAUGGGCAUAGCUUACGAGGGACCUUCGGCAGGAUGACCCUGUAAUUUCAUAUCGAUUGUAUUUGAGGGUUGUGUCACUACUCUUGGGAACAUGAGGCACUGUGGCCUGUUCAGACGGAAGAGUUGA